AUGGACCCUCGGUGGAAUCAAGAGACCACUUACAUUGGCCAACCAGCAUUUUCGUCUCCCGGUUUCCCUAAUCACACCCAAUUCAAUCCUCAGUCUUUUUCCUCCGAUAGCACCUUUAAUGGCUAUCGACACACAAAUGCUACAACAAAUUCAAAUUCUUCCAAUACAAAUAGUAGGGGAAGUACUGGGGCAAGCUGCCCACAGUCGUUCUCGAAUGAAUAUUCUCAUGCAUUUAAUGCGGCUCUCCCAAAUUUGGCCGGUCAUCAACAACAACAAACUCAACAAAGCCUCCUUUCUCACCAACAGAGAGAGUCAAGUACACUGACCCCUCCAUCAACCAAUUCCUCGCCAGCCAAUGAGACGAAAGCGACGAAUGGACUACCACAGACCGCCCACCUUUCUGAAGAUCCAGCCGCUGCAAUGGAUUUGUUCAGACUUAACUGGACUCGCCAGUUCCAGCAAUCGCAGAAUAGAAACUUUAAGCCAGGUCAAGAUUUCGGCUGUUGGUUCUCUCAGAGGAAUAAUUCUUGGGAUCCAAAGACGUCCACGCCCACUUCUUCGGCUAGUGAACAGGAAUCAACGAAACCAACCCCGUAUGAUUACCAACAGCAAAUGUACCAGCAAGCUUAUUAUGACGGCACAGUUAUUGCGAAUUCUGACUCUGCUGGAAGCCCAGAAUCCGUCAACAUGGCUGCAUAUCAUCUAGCUUCCGUUAUGGGCUCAAAAGGCAAGUCACCUUCAGAUUCGCAUCAGGCAUCCGGAGCUGGUUUCCUUUCUGCCCAAGUUCCGAAUUCUUUCAGAAUGGCAGUUAAUGGUUUAGCUGCCAGUGGUAGGCUUUCAAAGAACAAAAAGAUGUCCGUUACAGAAGGUCGAGAGUGCGUAAACUGUGGAGCAACAUCAACUCCAUUGUGGCGAAGGGAUGGACAAGGCAACUACCUUUGUAAUGCCUGCGGUCUUUAUCAGAAGAUGAAUGGGCAAAAUAGACCUCUUAUUAAACCCAAACGCCGCUUGCAAUCUUCAAAUAGGCGAACUGGAACAGUAUGUUCGAAUUGUCACACGAACAUAACAACCCUCUGGAGACGAAAUACAAAUGGCGAACCCGUGUGCAAUGCCUGUGGACUUUACUUUAAGCUUCACUCUGUACAAAGGCCAAUAUCGAUGAAAAAGGAUGGCAUUCAGACCCGUAAUCGAAAAGUUUCGCAAAAGUCAAAGAAAAAUAGAUCUAGUAGUACUGGUUUGACGGAACUUGAAGAACUGGGUUUGGACUACUUCAUGAGACCAGGAUUGAAUCAUUUUCCAGGUGUCGCACCUGGAUAUGAUCCCCAGAAGGUCGUGGGUUAUAUGAAUUCUUGCCUUGGAGAUGUAUCUUCAUACAACACAGGCUCUGGUUAUUCUGGAAUUGAAAAUGCAACAGCUAGAGUGGCAAAUGCUGUGGCUGCUAUCAAUGGAAACCAGGCUUCACCUUAUCCCAUCCCUACCCAAGCAAACUUUCCUUUGAAUUAUCCAACCCAUCCACAUCAAAUUCAUCCCCAGGCAACAUCUUACCGAAGUCCUGAAGAGACAUCCACAAAUUACUUCGAUUCUCCGGUUUUUAAUCAACACAACGCAUCCUAUAAUUUCUUUGAAGGUCAGCAUUUCCCCAAAGCACCUUUCCAGAGGAAUUUCCUAUCAGUGCUACCAGAUAAUUCCACAAAUGAAGAAGAGGUCUCAACAAAUCCUGAAGGUAAUCAAUAUCAACACAGAUUCGUCGCUGACCGCUGUUCGUAUGAAGAAGGAGCGAGAAUGUAUCCGAACACUACUGGAUCAGCAGUUACAACACCUGCAACAGUAUAUCCCUCGAAUCCUCCCACCGCUCCCCUUAAUUCCUCAUCUAUGGACGGCAUUGCCACUAACUACAAUUCAGUGACCCAAAAAGCUGAUGGUGAAAAUACGCAGAAUGCUAUCUCAAUGGUGACACAAUCACCCAUGUUUUAA